UGAUUGGGUUAUGUAGUCAACCUGUUAUGUGAAACAUGUCCUGCUACCAGCACUGAACCCUUUUUAAUAGUUUGAAAUUCUGCAGCUAGCCAUGAAUAACCUGAAGAUCGUACUCGCAUUUUCCAAUUACACACUGAGGAUAAUUCAAACUAAUAAUUUCAUCCUUGUUCCAAAGAGAACAUUGUUUUCAUCUCGACAAACAUGGCCGACUCGUGGAAUUGUAUUUAGGGGGAAGGUUUUGAAUGUGACCCGUCAAUCCAGCUCCACUGCUACUCAAGCAGAGAAGGGAGAGGAUUCUUUCUUGAAGUGGUUCUUACUUCUGAUACCCAUCACCACUUUUGGCCUUGGCUCAUGGCAGGUGAGGCGCAGACAGUGGAAACUGCAACUCAUCGAGGAGCUAAGGAGUUUAACCACAGCUGAGCCAAUCCCUCUGCCCACUGAUCCCAUGGAGUUAAAAACCCUAGAGUACAGACGUGUGAAAGUGCGAGGGAAAUUUGACCAUUCCCAGGAGCUCUACAUCCUACCCCGGUCUCCUGUUGACCCAGAAAAGGAAGCACGAGAGGCAGGCCAGCUCUCAUCUAGCGGGGAGACUGGUGCCAACAUCAUCACUCCAUUCUACUGCACAGACCUGGGGGUCAAAAUUCUGGUCAACCGGGGAUAUGUACCCAAACAGAAGAUCAGACCGGAGACCAGAAUGAAAGGACAGGUGGAGGAGGAAGUGGAUGUUGUUGGAGUGGUACGACUGACCGAACAGCGCAAACCAUUUAUUCCCCAUAACAACGUGGAGACAAACCGCUGGUACUUCCGGGACCUGGAUGCCAUGGCGAUGGUCACAGGAGCCGAACCUAUCUUCAUUGACGCUGACCUAGCCAGUACAAUACCAGGAGGUCCAAUUGGCGGGCAAACCCGGGUCACUUUAAGAAAUGAACAUAUGCAGUAUGUCGUCACAUGGUACAGUUUAUGUGGAGCAACAUCCUACAUGUGGUAUCUUAAAUUCAUCAAGCGUGUUGCCUUGUAAAUGCAGCACAGGUUUGUGUGGUCGCCUGCUAAUGUAUGAUGUAAAACUUAUGUAAAUAUUGUUUGAAGUGGAUAUAUCUCUUCAUUAAAGACUAAGUUAAUUAUGCAUUUUAAGGACAAAAUGGACAAUGGUUGUAGGUGGGGGUGAAGGUAUUGGUCUCACCUUAGGGCACUGAGGUGCAGCUUUGCCUUAUCCAGGCACUGCAAUGAAUUGUGAUUUAGGCAAUAAAGUAUGCUGAAUAAAUGUAGUUAUUGUAAAAUG